CCCGCCUUAGUGGGCGGGGUUAGGCGGGGUUUUGCGGAGACAGGCGUGGGUUUGCUCGCUGGCGUUGGGAGCAAAUGCUAGAGGUCACUCCGACUAGGUAGGCGGAACGAAGGGCAGCUUUCGGCACCAAUAGCUGAGGCGUUCGGGGUUGUUCCUGGACUGCUACCUGCACGUGUUGGUGCAGGGUGUGGCUUUCGGCCACGCUAGGGGGUUGUGCAGGUGGUGGCAACAAGACACGGCCUCCGGAAGCCUCGGUUAGAACGAAGGAGCUGCAGCAUCCAGGGGACGACAUGCCAACUGCCAAGCAGCUAGCUGACAUUGGCUACAAGACCUUCUCUACCUCCAUGAUGCUCCUCACUGUGUAUGGGGGCUACCUCUGCAGCGUCCGAGCCUACCGCUAUUUCCAGCUGCGAAGUUCCCAGCGCCAGGCCGCUGAAGAACAGAAGACCUCAGGAGUCCUGUAGAACUCUGGGCGUUUCCUCUUGAGCAGGGAGGCCUGUGACAUGCUGUGAAAAGACCACCUGUAAUCAUUUCCAAGUCAAGAAGACGUAGGGCCUUGAUGGUUUUCAAACCGUGCUGGGACAAAGCACCCAUGGUUCCUUUGGUUACUUCCAGUUUGACAAUUUGUGGAGAUAUGGAAUAAAUAGGAAUGUGAGGAUGAGGUAUAUCUA